UCGGAUUUCUUUCCACAUUGAAUAGAAUCCUGCGUCAUCAUGGCUAUUGAUGCAAACCUGGACAACUACCUCCACGAUGAUGGACUUUCUGGAGUAGUGGGUAGUGAUGAAACUCACGAUGUGCCUCUAAGUGAUAGGUACGCAACCCAAUUCCAGGAAGUCUACAAAAUCGUGAAGGACCUAAAGACAUUUAGCGAUGACACGAUCAAUCAGACAAUGGAUCAAUACUACAACAAACUUGGCCUGAACGAAUACUACUUCAGCACAUCAAAUGCAAAAAUGAUUGCGAACAAUAUGGUGUCGGUGCUUACAGCUAAAAUUCUACACGAAAACUCUGGGUCCGACUACUUUCCCCUCAUUGAACAAGUACAUGAUGGCAGGGUGUUUAUCAUUACGAGAGCAUCGCUGCUGAACCAUAAGCUAUCACAAAUAUAUGCAGUUGAGAAAACUGUAGAACAAAGAUUCCUGCAUUUUGGUGAUGUUACAAGGCCAGUAUGGAGAAUGCAAUGCUUCAGAUCAACCAACUCUAUGUUCGAUGACCCUGCGAAUCUAUUCGAGAGAUUGCGCAUCUACUUUUUCCAGUUACCUAAUUUCGCUGAGAAUAAUCCGGAACCCGGUGAAUUAAGGCUGAGCAAACUACUAGAUAAAGACUUUUACAAAAAUAAGAGGAAUACUAUUACAGAGGAUAUAUUCUACAAACUAAACAAGCAAAUUGUAAUGUCAGAUGGCGGUAUAGGUCUUGUUAUGAAUGGUGAACCCCGAGAAUUCAAUACGUUCCGCAUUGAUGUAGCAUUUAGACAGGACUAUGUACAAAGUGAUUUCUAUUCAAGAUUUGGUGAUUGUGUCACUUACUAUGGUUGCUAUUCAAAGUCGAAGUAUGUGGAUCCUUUAUCAAACAACGUUUGCAUCAUCACAGCCUUUAUCACUAGCCUUCCGUCUACCGAACUUGAUAACCCCGAUUUGUCAUUACUGGAUAGAGCCCAUUCCAUCAUGACGGCUAUAAGGCUUUGUGGUAUUUUGCCACAUAGUCAUUACCUCAGCAUACUUACGGAAAGGUUGCUAAACGGUUCAGAAAUGGCUUAUGCAUACUGUGCAUCCAUUUUUGUGGAACACUUUAGUGGUAGUGUCGGCCCACAUAUGGCCCUGAUUGAACGUUUGGCUACAAGGGAGCAAAUGGCUCCAUCCGAGUUGUACGAUAUACGUUCGAAGUUGAUGAUUCCGUCAUACCUACCAAAUCAAAUCUUUGAAGCUGUUCAAGAAAAUAUACCUAUCCUUAAGCAGUUGCACAAAAACUUCUGCAUACUGCACAAUCCAGAUAUAAACCCAAAUGGAACCAAUACUGACCCUGAUAGCAAUGCAUUGAAGGAAACUAUUAAAACCUUGGAUAACCAGGUUCACGCAAAGAUAUUGUCAUUGUUCCUUACGUUCAAUAGCUCAACUUUGCGUACGAACUUCUUCGUUACGGAGAAAUCAAGUUUUGCGUUCAGGCUCGAUCCCUCUUUCCUAUCCAAAAAUGACUACCCAGAGACACCAUAUGGUAUAGUCAUGUUAAUGGGUCCGUUCUUCAGGGGUUUCCACAUAAGGUUCAGUGAAAUCUCACGUGGUGGUAUCAGGGUUGUACAAUCAUUCUCCCAUGAAGCUUUCACGCGUAAUAAGCUCCAGGUUUUCGAUGAGGCAUAUAAUCUUUCUUAUACCCAAAGUCUCAAGAAUAAGGAUAUACCCGAGGGAGGAAGUAAAGGUGUAAUCCUCCUGGACAAGGCACCAAACGCAGACCUUGCUCAGAUAUACACAAGGAACAGCUUUAUGUGCUAUGUGGAUGGAUUGCUAGAUGUUAUGAUGCCAUGCGCUCAGAUGGUUGACCACUUGCAUCAGGAUGAAAUAUACUUCCUGGGACCUGAUGAGCACACGGGCACAGGAAGGCUUAUGGACUGGGCAGCUAACCAUGCUAAGCUACGCGGAUUCCCUUUCUGGAGGUCGUUCACUACAGGUAAGGAACCUGUUAUGGGAGGUAUACCACAUGAUACGUACGGUAUGACAACUGCCAGCAUAGAGGCUUACAUCCACGAACUGCUCAAUAUAUUCCACCUUAAUGAAGAGGAAGUUACAAGAUUCUUGACGGGUGGCCCUGACGGAGACCUUGGAAGUAAUGCACUUUUAUGCUCUAAAACAAAGACCUUAACCGUAAUUGACAAAAGUGGUGUGCUUCACGACCCAGAGGGACUGGAUAUCAAUGAACUACAACGGCUGGCAGCAAAUAGAUUAAAGGGUCUGCCCACUAGUGCUAUGCACUAUAAUGAAGCACUGCUUUCUGAUAAGGGUUUCAAGGUACCUGAAGACGCAGUAGAUAUGGUUCUACCAGAUGGCACAAAGGUUAAGCGUGGGCAUAAGUUCAGGGACGAGUUUCAUUUGGGUGCCUGCCCAUCAGAUUUAUUCAACCCUUGUGGUGGAAGGCCUUCUUCUAUAACGCCAUUCAACGUUAAUAGGCUGUUUGACGAAAAGGGCAAGUGCAUAUACAAGUUCAUUGUAGAGGGUGCCAAUGUGUUCAUAACUCAGGAUGCAAGAAGAAUUCUGGAAAACAAAGGAGUUAUCUUGUUUAAGGACGCAUCCACUAACAAGGGUGGUGUCACCAGCAGUAGUUUCGAGGUGCUAGCAGCCUUGGUACUAGAUGACGAUACCUUUGACGAAAUGAUGACCGUCAAGGAGGGUGGGGAAUUCCCGCAAUUCCGUAAAGACUACAUCAAUGAAAUUCUCGACAUCAUAAAGAAGAAUGCGCGCAGGGAAUUCCAUGCACUGUGGAAUGAAGGGCUACGCAUAGGGAUGCCACGCUGCGACCUUACUGACGUUCUAUCAACCAAGAUUAUACGACUCAAGAAGGACAUUAUAGACUCUAAUUCAUUAUGGGAGGACACUGUUCUGGUAAGGGCUGUCCUUUCCAAAGCUAUACCGCAGUCGUUGCAGAAGCUUGUGCCAAUAGAGGACAUUAUGGUACGGCUACCAGAUCGUUAUAUGCGUUCGAUGUUUGCAUCGCAUCUCGCAUCUACUUUCUACUAUUCGCAGCAGUUUACUGACGACACCUCUGUGUUUGCAUUCUAUGAGUAUCUAAAAGCCCUCAAAUGAACGGCAUGCUCUACAACUUCGAAACAAAUAUGUGACUAGAUUGCGAUUCAAUUGCGUGAUAUCUGACUAGAGC